AUGGAACGUCUACGACGUGCCAUUGAGUCCGAGGUCGGUCGUGAAAUCGAGCGUCUCAUCGAGCGUCGCUCUUCGGCGAGCACUGCCGACGAGCUUCUGGAGCGAAUCGCACCAUCGGAGACAUGGCGGAGAUUUCGAAGGAAGUAUAUCCUGUCCACGGUCGCGAACGGGAACGAGGCGAUCUACGAGAGGUUGCCGCGGAAGUUUUCCAUGGACGCGGUGGUCGGCGGCGGCGGCGACGACCACCACAGCCUCACAUCAAUCGGCUCGAUAUCGAGCGUGUCCACAACAGACACGGUCUUGGUGUUCAGCGAUGCUGAGUUCGUUCAAGUUUGUGAGCUCCUCGCCAGCGACGACAAUUUCGACAAACUGCAAGGACUCGAUAUGUUGGCUCGAGCGUCGAGCGUCGAGAAUUUCGUGCGCACCGAGGAGUGGGGAGUGUUGGAGAAAUUGUUACGGAUUUGCUUGUUCGACGAAAACUCUUUGAUCCGCUCGGAGGUCUCGAGCGUCUAUCGGAUGAUGAUUUGCUCCACGGACGACAGGACCAGCCUCACAGCAUACAGCAGCAUGCUCAAAGCGGUUUGUAGUUUUCUAGGGCGAGGAAAACCCUCUCAGCCUAGGAGACUGCGUCAGGCCGUAUACCUCCUCGAUUGUCUCAACGACUACCACAAGGAAUGCGUCGCGCAUCGCUGGUUGAGGACCCCCACGCACAUCAUAACUGCAUUCAUACAGAGCACGUUGGAUUGUCUCGCGGAUCGUCGGGUCUGGACUUUUCUCGCCGGAAUCGACCCCACCGCGUCAUGGAUUCAGGGCUGGCUCGCUGCCGCCCCGAUCCGGGGCAUUGUGAUCAAUGAAAUCAGGAGCAGAACGCUGUUCGUCCAGAUCGCGGUUUCGCGAUUAGCGGACGAUGAGUGCCACAAGACUGUUCUCCUGUAUUCGUGUUGCGUGUUGUUGCAUUUUCUGCGAUACGAACAGGGGCGUCAACUCAUCGAUCUGUCGGUGGCCGUCGCUCAAGAAAAUUCCUGGUUCACUAUCCUCAUCAAUUGCAUAAAAACCAUCUUCCAGUUCCAACCGGACCCGAGUCUCAAAGACUUGUGUCUGCAAACGGUCAAUGCCGUCAGUACCUCGCUGUCUGUCGACCAUCAGCAGGAGCUACUGCAUCUGAGUCUGAGCUUGUUCCCGAAAAAAAUCUCAUCCGACACCCAUCUCGAGCAGUUCGAUUGGGCGAGUAGUUUUCUACUGACCCUCGUCAGGACUCCCAUCAAUCGACACGUCAUCGUGCAUUCGGUCAUCAAGGAUCCUCUGACAUCAGAGACCCUGCUCCAGAUAUUCAGUUCGAUCUUCAGCAUGAAACACGUGUCGGUCCCCUUGAAAAAUCCAGUAUUCUACCUCGGAAUGCGGAAAAUCCUUCAGUCGUGUACUCAGAUCCUCUCACAUCCCAUGUUCCUUCUUCAGUUCCCUUUGACUCGGAUUUCUGCCCUCGCACUCGACGCUCUCUCCCUUGACACUGUCUUACCUCGGACUUUAGUGGUGAGGAUGAGCAUGACCAGCCUCGGGAGCGCUCUCUGGAAGAGGGGAGCGCUGAACGACAGCGCUCCCAGGAUCAUAUCCGACCUGUGCAAGUUCGAGGGACGCGUAUCCGAAACUCUACUUGUCACGAAUUUUCUUCAAUUCGUUCCCCCGAACCAGAUCCAGGGCAUACUGGAGAAGUUCGGUAUGCACGUCUGGAAGAGACAUGCGAGCGACGACGCGAGACUCGAGGCGCUCUUAAUUCUUCAUUCCUCGGUCACCAACGUGAAACUCAUACUGAAGAGCAUCGGAUUCUCAUCGAUCAUCGACAGAGACCUCUACAGAGACGUUCUGCUUUUGCCAACGAGUAAACGACUCAGCGACGACCAGGUCAUAAUGUCUCUGACAGUUCUAUCGGUGAUGUGUUCCUCGUUGCCGACGUACAUAUUUCUCCAGGAAAGAUACCGUCUGACCGAGAUCCUCCGGAACGAACUUCUGAAACACGUGGGUGACCAAGACCAGUACGUCGUGGACGAGAUUUCGAAUCAGAUCGACUCUCUGAUCUCCCGAAUCACUCUUGUCGGGGGGCCGUCGGAGAGGAAGAUCCUCGGCUUCAAUUCUUCUACGCAACUUAAGCCGGUCAAGAAAGCCACUUCGGUCAGCCGCUCCUGCAGAAUGAACCGUGACCUGUCCAUCGACCGACGAUAUUUCGACGAGUUUCUCCAGGACCAACGAGGUCUGAGCAGGUUCCAGUUCGACGAGGUUUUCAGUUUGGUGCCAGCGAAUGAUCUCGACGAACUGGAAGUCGAAUUGAACGAUAUCGACGCCCUCGGACUGCAACUGAUUCUGGCUUAUAACCGACAAGCUCAGAUCAUCGAAUAUCCGGACACGGUCAUCUCUAAAUCGUGGUACCGAUUGCAGGCAAAUGUCGCUCCCAGCUUCAGAUCCACGAAUCUCCAAACAAUCGACUUCACCUUGGCUAGCCUCUUCCUUCUGUGCAGAGGUGAUCCCGGCAGGGCAUUGACGCUGCACGGCAUGCUUGUCGACAGAGGUUGCAAUUUCAUCUAUUUCCCGGAUAUUUUCGAAGUGGGCGACACUCUGGUGACUGCCUCGGUCACCCACACUCUGGAACUGAUGGUGUUCAAUGAACUUCCCAAAGUUCAUUUCGCGUUGAGGCGUGCCAAUUUCCUCCUCAGGAACCUAGCGUCGUUCUGGGUUGGUCAGAACCUGUGGAACGUGAUCGAUCUUGACGAGAUCGCGACGAUACUUGCCGUGUGUCUCGUACACGGCAGCGACUAUUUAGUUUACUAUUGUGUUGCGAUUUUGCGACAUAUCGAGCCGGAGGUUAUCCGACUGAGUCUCGAGGGGAACUUGGCAUUGAACGUGCGACUUGAACCGGUGCUGGACUUCAAAGCGAGCGAGAGUCUGGAGUUCUGCCAUCAACUCCGGAAAGUCUACAGAGCAGGCAUGACGGACGCGAUUGAGAACUGCAAACCGUAG